ACUAACCUAAAUGUGAAAUCCUGAAUAAACUCAACCUUACCCCAACUUGUUCCUAUAAACCCUAAUUUCCUUCCCGUGUGUAAUACGUACCAAAAUUCAACUUCUAGUUGGGUUUUUCCCCUUUUAAGAUAGCCCUAAUCUUAUUUAGUCCCAAGUUUCCUUUUUUUGCUUCAAUUCUGAGGCAUUGAAGUUUGUUUAUAUAGGAAAAAGAAGGAAAAUUUAGUUAAAAAGUUGAAGGGAAGAUGAGUGUGAAUGAAUUUGGAGAUGGAGUUGCAUGGUACAGAGGAGCAAUGGUAGGAAAAGGAAGUUUUGGUUGUGUUUAUUUGGCUACUUUGAAGAAUCCUAGAUUGAAAAACAGCUAUUUUCCAGCAGUUAUGGCUGUGAAAUCUGCUGAGGUUUCAGUUUCAGGUUCAAUUCAAAAGGAAAGGGAGGUUUUGAACAACAUCAAGGGUUGUCCUUAUAUAAUUCGAUGUUUUGGUGAUGAGACUACCACAGGUCAAAAUGGUGCAAUGGUUUAUAACUUGUUGUUGGAGUAUGGUUCAGGUGGAACCCUAGCUGAGAGGAUCAAGAAAUCAGGAAUCAAAGAAUUGUCUGAAUUUGAGGUAAGGAAUUAUACAAGAUCUAUGCUUAGAGGGUUGCAUUUUAUUCAUACAAUUGGAUAUGUUCAUUGUGAUAUGAAACCUGAUAAUGUGUUGCUCGUGCCGAAUUCAAGCGAUGGUAAUGGUGCUGAAUUUAGGGCAAAGAUUGGUGAUUUAGGGUUAGCUAAAAGAGAAACUCAGAGCAAGAAGAGGAGGCUGCAGCCUUAUUGGAGAGGUACUCCAAUGUAUUUGUCGCCAGAAGCUGUGUCGGAUAACGUACAAGAGUGUCCUGCUGAUAUUUGGGCUUUAGGGUGUAUUGUGCUUGAGAUGUUAACUGGAAAACCUCCAUGGGAUAGGGAAGAAGAUAUGGAUGCUGAGGAUGUCCUUAAAAAGAUUGGGGGAGGAAAUGAAUUGCCUAAAAUUCCAGGCAACUUAUCGAAGGAGGCAAAAGAUUUCUUGAAGGGUUGUUUCGUGAGGAACCCUAGGUAUAGAUGGACUGCCGAGAUGCUGCUGAAUCAUCCAUUUGUUGAGGGAUUGAUUGAUGAUGAAGGAAUUGAACGUCCACUGGAGGUCGAGGAUAUAAAUGUUGUUGAUUCUAUUCUCCUGGUUACUGAGAGUGAUGAUGAAUUGGCCUAUUAUUCGGAAGAUUGGAGUUGUGUAUCUGAGGAUGAUUCCCUUGGAUACUGGUCUGAGGAAGAUUAUGAGGAAAUGGAGAAUGAAAUGACAUCUUAUUUUGUUGAAGAAGAGAUAUUUAAAGUAGAAGAAAAUAUAGCUGCUAUAAGCUCCACCAUUGAUGAUGGUUCUGAUCGUAUAAUUGAUGCAUCAAUUGAGGUCCCUUCAGGGAGCGCAUCAAAUAAUUCGCCGAAAUGUCCUUUAAAUUUUACCAUUCCUGCAGGAGUCUAGCAAUAGUUGGCAGGAUAGAGAUCUAGAUAUUGAUAUAUACAUUAAAUUCAUUGAUUUCUUACUAGGCAUAUGCUUUGUAGUCUGUAUGCAAGUCAAAUUGAUUGAGAUUAAAUGAUAAGAUAUGUUAUUCUUUUCCAUUC